AUGUCUCAUUCGGGAGAAGAUAUCACCAAAGUGCAGGAGAAAGAUCGGCCUGCAAAUCAAACAAACUCUGCACAACAUGCAGCCACAACUACCCCAUCAACGUCUACCAAGAGCGAUGAGAAGGGAUGGGAACUGGUAGACCGCGAAGAGGCUUCUGAUCAAACACCGCAAGAUGAACCCACUUCAUCCACGUCUACUCAUUUUGACAUCACAUUGGAUAGCAAGUGGACGGGCAAACACACCCUUUUCACUUAUGAUAAAAAGGAGGCGACUUAUCGCAACGUGGGCUCCAAAGGGUGA